AUGGAGGGGAACACAUCUUAUGACCAGAAUUUGUCCUCCAUUCAAAAAGGAAACUUUACUAAUGACGAGAACAUCUCCUACAUUAACGCUGACCUGAAUUCAAUACUUGCUCUGGACUAUAUUUAUGUGACUGUAGUUAUUGUAAUCCUCCUUGUAUGUGGGGUUAUUGGGAAUGCCAUAGUCAUAAAAAUUUACUGUUUCAGUAUAAAAGUGGAUCCCUUGAGUGGUCGCGCCUUCAUUCCAGCUUUAGCGGUUGUAGACCUAUUGUCUUGCAUUGCUGGAUCUAUCAUUUAUUUGGUCCAGAAUUUACAGGCAGCCUCGUUUUCGGGUGAUGCGCUCUGCAAGUUUUACUAUGUUUUGGCGUAUUCCUGCACAAUGGGAGCAUCAUUAAUGUUGGUGAUUAUUUCUAUUCAUCGUCACAGAAAAGUGUGCACUCCUUUCAAGAAACAAUUCCCAGUACAAGUGGUCAAGUUUUCCCCCUUAGUCGCAGGGAUAGCCGGACUUGUCCUUACUCUUCCAAUGAUUCCCAUUGUGGGAGAAUACAAAUACAAACAAAUUUUCUACGAAGAAUACGGCCAAAAGUGUACGGUUUUGUACCACACGUACAUGGAGAUUUAUUUUUGGAUAUAUUUUAUCAUUAUUGCUUCCAUAUUCCUUGCUUCGUGUUUAGUGAUAAGUGUUUUAAGCUUUCUGAUACACAGAACAAUCAAAAGACAGAUUCAGUUUCGAAAAAGCAGUACAUCCAGCAGGACUGAGGCAAGCUUUUCUAGUUCUCCUCUUCCUCACCCGUCAAAUGCCGAGGAAUCCGACUCACAUUCGGAACUUCAAAGCAUUAAAACUCCAUUGAGUGUGAAGGAUGGUGCCAAAGGAACAAUGAACGGUAGUUUGAAGAGGGCAUCCUCGAAACUUCGACCCAAAAGAGAAAAACGAGAGUAUGCCAUCAUGUUCCUGGCUAUAUCCGUUGUGUAUGUGAUCACAUGGUUACCAACCCUCGCAGUAAAUGGAAUUAAGGUCCUAUUUAAGGGUGUAGAGGAAACCUCUUCCCCACCU